AUGGGCGGUGGACUGCCGCAGCAGUUGCUGCUGCUUGCACUCCUCGUCUCUGCUGCCGCCCCUCAGGUAGUUGGAGUUGAGGUCGGAGACAAUUCCAUGAGAAUCAUCCAGGAGGACAUCAUCGAGACGGUCAACAACCAUCCCAGCGCUGGGUGGACAGCCUCACGUAAUCCUUACUUUUCAAACUAUACCAUUGCACAAUUUAAGCACAUACUUGGAGUGAAACCAGCACCAAAGAAUGUACUAAGCGAUGUUCCUGUCAAAACUUAUUCAAGAUCACUGGAACUUCCAAAAGAGUUUGACGCUAGAUCUGCAUGGUCUCGUUGCAGCACAAUUGGGACCAUACUUGAUCAAGGUCAUUGUGGCUCUUGUUGGGCUUUUGGUGCUGUGGAGUGCCUCCAGGACCGUUUUUGCAUUCACUUCAACACGAGCAUUUUACUAUCAGUCAAUGACCUGCUGGCAUGCUGCGGUUUUAUGUGCGGCGAUGGGUGUGAUGGAGGCUAUCCUAUAGCGGCAUGGCGCUACUUUGUUCAAAAUGGUGUUGUUACUGAUGAGUGUGAUCCAUACUUCGAUCAGGUCGGUUGCAAGCAUCCUGGAUGUGAACCUGCUUAUGCUACACCUAAGUGUGAAAAGAAAUGCAAGGAGCAGAACCAAGUUUGGCAGGAAAAGAAGCAUUUCAGCAUUGAUGCGUAUAGAAUAAAUUCAGAUCCACAUGACAUAAUGGCAGAGGUCUACAAAAAUGGUCCUGUAGAAGUCGCUUUCACAGUUUACGAGGAUUUCGCACACUACAAAUCUGGAGUAUACAAGCACAUCACCGGUGGCAUUAUGGGUGGCCAUGCCGUCAAGUUGAUUGGAUGGGGAACCAGUGAUGCUGGAGAGGAUUACUGGCUUCUGGCAAAUCAGUGGAAUAGGGGCUGGGGUGAUGAUGGAUACUUCAAGAUCAUAAGGGGCAAAAAUGAAUGUGGCAUCGAGGAGGACGUUGUUGCUGGAAUGCCAUCUACAAAGAAUAUGGUUCCAAACUUCGGCGGUGCCGUUGGAACAGCUGUAGUUUAA